GGCAUGGCAACUGGCGCUCGGCCGCCGCGGCCUCAUGGCGGCGCGGCCCAGGCCCGUCCCGGCGCCCUCAGCGCUCCCGGGGCUGCUCGCGGUGCUGUUCGCGGGGCUGGUGGUCGCCGCCGCCGCCGCCCCCGCCAAGCCCCCCGUCUACCUGAGCAGCUGGGCCGUGCGGGUGGCGGCGGGGCCGCGGGACGCCCAGGCCCUGGCUCGCCGGCACGGGCUGCUCUACCUGGGCCAGGUGAUGGAGGGAGAGCCCUACUACCACCUGGGACACCGCGGCACCCGGCAGAGAGCCCUGAGCAGGCACUGGGGGUGGCACGUGCGGCUGAUGAGGGACCCCGAGGUGCUGUGGUUUGAGCAGCAGACGCUGAAGAGGCGCACAAAGAGAGGUGCCAGCGUGGUGCCCACGGACCCCUGGUUCCCCAAGCAGUGGUACAUGAACAACGACAUCAGUCCCGACCUGAACAUCCUCAUGGCUUGGAGCAGGGGCUACACGGGGCGGGGGGUCGUGCUGACCAUCCUGGAUGAUGGGCUGGAGAAGGAUCACCCCGACCUGGCAGCCAACUAUGACCCGCAGGCAAGUUACGACUUCAACAGCAACGACCCCGAUCCCCAGCCCAGAUAUGGCGAUGGGGACAAUAACUGGCAUGGGACACGCUGUGCAGGAGAAGUGGCAGCUGUGGCCAACAACGGGAUCUGCGGGGCAGGCGUCGCCUACAACGCCAAAAUUGGAGGCGUGCGGAUGCUGGACGGUCCCAUCAUCGACGUGGUGGAGGCCCAGGCCCUCAGUCUGCACUCGCAGCACAUCCACAUCUACAGCGCCAGCUGGGGCCCCGAGGACGACGGCAGGACGGUGGACGGGCCGGGCGAGCUGGCGGCGGCCGCUUUCCACAGGGGGGUCAGCCAGGGCCGGGGGGGGCUGGGCUCCAUCUUCAUCUGGGCCUCGGGCAACGGGGGGAUCCACUACGACGACUGCAACUGCGACGGGUACGGCAACAGCAUCUACACGGUGUCGGUGGGCAGCGUCCUGGGCGACGGGCAGCGGCCCCGCUACAGCGAGGGCUGUGCCGCCAUCCUCACCACCACCUACAGCAGCAGGGCCAGCAGCGACGUGCAGAUCGUGACCACGGACCUGCACCACCGCUGCACUGACAAGCACACGGGCACCUCGGCCUCGGCCCCGCUGGCCGCAGGGAUGGUCGCCCUGGCACUGGAGGCCAACCCAGCCCUGAGCUGGCGUGACCUGCAGCACCUCAUCAUCAGGGCCUCCAAACCCGCUCACCUGAAGGCCGAGGACUGGGCCAAGAACGGGGUGGGACGCAGGGUGAGCCACUACUACGGCUACGGGCUGCUGGACGCGGGGCUGCUGGUGCAGGAGGCCGUGGCCUGGGCGGGCACGCGGCCUCAGGAGAAGUGUUCAGUCAAGGUCCUUCAGGCCCCCAGGGACAUCGGCUCCAAGCUCACCAUCUCCACAGAUGUCUUCUCCUGCUCCCAGAGCAUCCGCUCGCUGGAGCACGUCCAGGUCCAGCUGUCCCUGAGCUACAGCCGCAGGGGGGACCUGGUGGUGGCCCUGAGCAGCCCCACAGGCACCACGUCCACGCUGGUGACCAUGCGCCCCUAUGACACCAGCCAGGAGGGCUACAAGGACUGGACCUUCAUGUCCACGCACUUCUGGGACGAGAACCCCAAGGGGACCUGGACGCUCCACCUGGAGAACAAGGGCGAUGCCCAUAACACAGGCCAGCUGACCAGCUUCAUCCUGCACCUGCACGGCACGGACGAGGACAUGAGCUCCAGGCGCUCCGCAGCCUCUGCCACGGACGGCUGCGUCCGGUGGGACAAGGAGGGAGCCUGUGAGGAGUGUGGCAGCUCCCUGUACGCCCACCAGCGCUCCUGCCUGCCCUACUGCCCCCCGCGCUUCUACGGCCGGACCCGGAGCGCCACCGCCACUGCCCGCGUGUGUGCCCACUGCCACCCCUCCUGCUACACCUGCCAGGGCGCUUCGGCCACCAACUGCACGUCCUGCCCCUCCACCCGCACCUUCCAGCAGCUCACCCACACCUGCUCCCCCUCCCGGGGCCCCCUGAGCCCGGGGGGGCUGCGCAGGGAGCUGCUGGUUGUCACCGUGCUGGCCUGCAGCAGCCUGGUCCUGGCGGGCAUCCUCUACCCCACGUGCAGGGUGGCCCUUCGUGCCGGGAAAGGCGCCUUCUGCUGUCCCCAGGCCGGAAGGACAGAGUGACACCAAGCCUGGGCUGCGGGGACACGGCCCGGGACACGGCUGGCAUCUCACCCGGCUUCCAAAAUAAACUGGUUGUUGCCUUCCUGGA